GGGGUGAAUUUUUAAAUUACUUGACAAAAAAAAUCAAUUGAAAAUUAUUCUUAAAAAAGAAAUUUUGUUAGGACCGGUUAACUUGUAGCACCAAAUUAGGGAUUGGAUCAACAUCACCAUUUGAUUUCUCGUUCUUCCCUAAAAGCAAAUUUGUCAUUUUUUUUGUUGAGAAAUUCUGAUUUUGCUUUCACAUAUUCAAUUGUAUAAAACUUAUCAAGCUUUGCUUCAAUUUUGUAAUUAUUCCUUUUAUUUCUUCAAUCCUUUUCAUCACAUUGUAAAAAAAAAUUGAUUUUUCUAUCAAUUGAAUUCCUUCAUAGGUUUCUGGAACAAUUGGGGUAUUAGAAUGAACACUGAAAUAGCUGAUCUUGAAACCCUUGUUUCAUUAUCUGAUGAGGAUAAUGUAAUGGGAGAUCUAGGUGUUGUUAGUAGCACAAUGGUUACAAGGUUGGAUUUGAGUUUAGCAUGUUUCUCUGAGAAAGUUUCAAACUUGGGAAAUUUUGUGAUGCAUUUGGCAACAAUGGAGAGUGAAUUUGAGACAUCAGAGAAGGAUCACAUGAUGGGGAUUGGUUCAGUUCUAAAGGUUCUUGAAUUUGAUCUGUUAUGUGGGGCGUUGGAUUCAUUGGUUAGAGAAUUGGAUGAAUUUUUGGACAGUUUACAUUAUGGGAUUGUUGAAGUUAGAGAGAGAGUGUGUUCUUGCACUCAUUUGGUACAGAGUUUCAUUACCUUGCAAGACAAGUUACUUGAUUAUGAAGAAUGUCUGAGGCAGUCUGUAGAGAUGUUUAUUGAAAUUAAAAUACAUUCAGCUAGUUUUCAGAGGACUUUGUGUUCUUUAAAAAAGAUCAAAAUUGGUACACAGUGGAUCUCAUUUUCAAUUUCAUGAAAUUGUUAAAAAUGGUAAUAGUGAAAUCGUUAAAGAGGGUAGUAAACCUGUGAAAGUUAAUGCUGCAGAGAUGAAGCUGCAGACAAUUGAGCAACAACGAAAUAUUUUGACAAUGCUAGAGAAAUCUUUGGCAAAAGAAAGGGAUCUUGAGAAGAAUUUAUAUCAUUCUAGAGAAAUUCAGGAAAAGCUGAAACAAAGUAUGUCCUCCUUAGAGCACGAGCUAGUUCAAGCGGAGGAAGAAACUAUUGAUGUUUGGGAAAGAUUGUUUGAGGCUGACAAUGCACAUGAGAUUCUGAUGGGAAUUUCAAAAAGUCUGUUGAGUAGACUCCAGAUUUCUCAUUUCAAUUUGAAUGGUUUAAGUCGGCGUGAAUCCGAGCUUCAAGCUAAGCUCGAAACUUUUGUAGAACAAUUAAAUACCAGGGAUAUUAUUUUGAACAAGAUUGAAAGCAGCACCGGUGAAUUAAAUGUCUCUCUUAUAGGUCAGACAAAUGGUUCAGAAGCUAGUUCAAAAGACGCUGAAGAUACACAAAUCCCUUCUGAUCCUGAGGUCUUCGCUCUAAGAGGUAAGGUGUCUUUACUUGAGAAGCAGCUAAAAGAUUCUGAAAUUCAUCUACGGAAUGUGAAGUCCUCUUCGAAUGAAUAUCAAAAUAUGUAUGAUGCCUCAUGUGCUGAAGUAAGUAAUACGAAAACUCAUAUUGCUGAACUAAAAGAAACUGUACUUGAUGCCGAGAGUAGGGCUGAUAUUGCAGAAGCUAAAUGUAAGUUAUUGACAGAGACUAAUUCAAAACUCAAUGAAGAGUUGAAUCUUUUGAAAGGUGAUGGAGGCAUUAUGAAAUUGCAUUUGCUUGAGAGGCAGCUAAAAGAAAUUUAUCUACAAUUGCAGAAUUCAGAAUCAUCUGUUGAGGCUAAUAAGGAGAAACAAAGUAUGUUAUAUUCCACAAUAAGAGAUAUGGAAAAUGUGAUAAAUGAUCAUAAGUCAAAGGUUUCUAAAGCUGAAAGUCGGGCUGAAAGUGCAGAGGAAAAUUGUAUCAUAUUGUCUGAAUGCAAUGAUGAAUUGAAUGAGGAAUUAAAGUUCUUGAGGAUUGGAUUCAAAAAUAUGGAGGAAUCCUUGGUCCGAGAGAAGGAAGAAAAAAUGACGACUGCAAAGGACAUAGGAAUGCGGGCAAAACUUUUUAAAGAGUUAGUAAAACAACUGGUUAUUGAGAGAGAGCGUCUUAAAGAUCAGUUGUCUUCCCUGGCAAGUGAGAACAAAAUUUUGGCAGUGAAGCUAAAACAAAUAUAUAAGGAGGCUUAAGAAGCCUGUGAAACUUCUGCAAGGUCUUUGAGGUUGGUACUUUGUAAAUGAAUGAUUGACA